GAUGUGCGGAUAACAUGGGGAAGUCGAAAUCGCGUGAAAGCGGGUUGACAUGGUCUACGAUCUCGACCGAAUCAUUGGAUCACGGCAGGCAUUAUGAAGGCAGUCAUGGCGAAACGCGCCUGGUCAAGCGUGUAAUGAUCAUGAUGAUGGUCAUCUUGAUUGUUGGUAUGAUGCUGAUGGUGCUGGGUGUCAUUCUGCUGGUAAGAGGUCUGAUACGAGAAGACGACAAGGCAAUCCGCGUCUGGUGGAAUGAUCUAUUCAUAAUCGGCCUCUUGGCAAUCCUCACCGGCGUCUUCCUGUUGGGCCUGAAUGGCAUAAUCAGAGCAAUGCUACCUCGAAGCAUGUGUUCAGGAACAACUCGCCAUGUCCCGAUUCAGCCACCGAAUGGAGUAAGAGGUGGAGACCAGCGAGUUGACCGUUCACCGCGCCAAACGAGCGAAGUAGAUGAAGCGAGUGUCAUUGGACGGAGUGUCAUUCUCUUUGAGAAUGACGAGAUUGACCGUUCAGGCGUUGUAUCUGGAACGGAUCAUCGAGGAGAUCAUCAGCGACCACGUCAAGAUCUCAACCAUCAACAGUUUCAGCACGGCGAGACCCGGAAGUUAUCGCAAAAUAUGAUUCUCGAAGCAAAACGGGAAUUCGUAGCAAAUUCAAUAGUUCAUUCGAAGUCCUCCUAGACGGCAAAAUCGAGAGAGGAAGAGAGAGAGAGAGAGAGAGAGAGAGAGAGAGAGAGAGAGA